CCCUGGAAAACAUCAUUGUUCAAUAGUUUGUAUGUUUGUCUGCUUUGAACAGCGCCCUCGUUGAAAGAUGGCACUAGCCCCCCCCCCCCCCCCCCCCCCUAUUUUUACAGAUCUAGGCCAAGUGUCUACCUGUCUACAUUUCAGCAUGGGUGUGCGAGUGCCUUUUUCAAGAAAUGUUUAACCCCCUCCCCUAUAAAAAUGACCUUGCUAUGCCUAUGGGAUGGAAAACUUAGAUGGCAAUUUUGAAUCGAAUUUAUGAAUAAUUGGUCUUUCCUAUUACAUGUACAUGUAUAUUAUUUGGUUUUGAAAAUGUUAGAUAAUUUGAGAUUUAUAUUUUAAUAACCUUAGUUUUAUACAAUAUUUUAUAUUGACAAUUAAAAAGAAGACCAUAAUAUAAUUUUGUUCACCUCUAAUUUUGAGUUUACAUUAAAUAGGGAGCCCGACGCCACGUCCACAUUUUUCCGGCCAUUAUAAACUGACUGGCCUUUUUGAGUCUGGUUCCCAGUGGAGGAUCAUCGGCCAUUGCCCCAGCUAUGUGUGUGGUACCUGUCUGUUUGCCACAGACUCACCUCUGCAAUACUCGUUUAAUGGUUUCACGAGUAGAGUUUUUUUUUUAAAUGGCAAACGGAUAAAUUUCUUGAUGGUGCAUUUAUGACAUGAUUUAGUACAUGCCUUGUUUUACUGGUCCCAUAGGACCACUCCACGUUCCUCUUUGUACCUCACUGACCCUUGUCGCCUUUGAGCCGGGCAGUGCUAUCAUAUAGGAUUACCUUGUUACGCCAAUGAAUGGGCUAAAUCCAGCCCAUAGACAAUGAAAAGGCUUCCAGUAAAUAGCGAUUCUGGAUCAAUUGAAUAUCAUUGGGUGCGUCAUCGGACCAGAUUUACAAGGCUUAGCUUGUCUUGUUAACAAGUUUGACCCUAUUCUGCUCUUGGUUUUGAGCAUGUUCCCGUGCGUAGUCGCUUUACUGCUCGAGUUUUCCACUGCCUAUAAAUUUAGCUCUACCAGGCCUGGGCUGUUCGAUUAGCUCGCCUGUUUUUCCGUGUACAUGUACGUAUUCUGCUCCAUUAUGUACUUGGUGUUAUUUCUUCCCGCACCUGCUGAUGAACUUAAUAAUUCCCUUCCAAAUUACAUCCUUAGGUUGGAUUAACUUCAGGAACUCAUUAACACGGAUCUGCAAAUCAUCCACCAAGUAGGCCAUCAUUCGAUCACCUUAUACCGCGACCGUUCACGAUUUCGGAUGAUGUCCAAUCAAUUACUGACGCCGCACGAAAAUAUAUAAUUAAUCGGUCAUUCGCUUAAUUGCUGUCCGUGUUGUUUUUAACGGAAUCCUGUACUGAAACGCACAGCAGUAUGGCCUAACGCAUGUGAAUCAACAACAACCAGCGGAGGUAACCUCGAUCUCAAGAUAACCCACUCUGUGGUAUUAAUGAUCGCCAACUCCCUUGGAUUAAUUGGCAGUUGUUGGUACGAGCGAAAUGGGAAACUGUACCAAUUCCCCGGGAUUGGUUGGGAUCACUAAGUAAAAGCAAAUACGUCACUGGUAUAUAUGUCCCGUCAAGACGUCAUUCAAAUGUCACAAGCGUGCAAAUACCGUGUAGUCUUGAGACACUGCAGUCAUUACAGUAAAGUAAGCAAACAGGUUCAAUCGGCCAAGUUUUGUUGGCUGCGCGGCCCUCAAGAACCAUGGCUCGUCAAUGUCUGGCAAUGAACCUCCUUCUUGGUACUUGGUUACUAGCUGGUUGUCUCCACGUGGGUAGCAGUCUUGUUUGUCCUGAAUCGAGGACACGCUGUUCAGUUGGCUGCCUGGAUAAAGAAAAUGUGAUACCUGGCACACCCAGAGAGUUGUGCCGAUGUGACCCACAGUGCGCCCUCUACGAUGACUGCUGUGAAGACUACUGGACCAACUGCGUCAAUGAGUCAUCCUCGGAGUCUCGCAACAGACCGAUACUCCACUCCGAAUACUCCGAAUACCUCGGCUGCGUCUCCCCCAUCGAUAUUGAUCCCAUGAACAAACGCUUUGUAGUGGUCGAUCGGUGCCCCCCGGAUUGGGCUCAGGGCGCCAUCAAGAGUCGAUGUGAGAGCACAAUAUUGUCGAGGCAGGAGAAACUCCUAACUCUGUUUGUCAACGGUCCUGGUGACAUUGUCUUCAAAAACGUGUACUGCACCAUCUGCCAUGGGAUCGAGGAAUAUGACAUUCGUUCUUGGACUGUGGAACUUUGGAACUGUGAGCCUGCUGAAGGGGAGACUCAACCGGUCCUAAACGGCGGCAAACCAGAUUACACCACCUGUUCGAAUUUCCACAUGGAACCUCCCUCAAUGCUGUACGACCCUCACCGAUGCUACUCCAGUUUCGUCAACAGAUGCACUCUCAGCUCGACUACAACUGCCGAACAAAUGCAACUCUGUGAAAACCACACCUCCCUGCUGUUCAACCAGGACGUAGAUGUCGUCUACAAGAACGUCCACUGCUGGAAUUGCAGCAGAUCGACUGACGUCUCCAAUAUUCAGGAUCUAAGAUGCACACAAGUAUUACGUGACAACAGAUUCAACGCUGCUGUUUCCUUCACCCUCAUUUUUGACUUCACGGGUCGUACGGUACACAGUGUGGAGAGAAAGGGUCUAUUCAAUGGGAUCACAUCCUCUCCUCAAUUGUUGAGAAACUGCAGCCAAUGGCAAAUCUACGAUCCUUUCCAAGACGUCUGCCAAGAUUUGACUUGCCCUAAUGGGCAACCUCCUCAAUCAUCAUCAGGCGCGUGUUUGGACGCACGUCAAAGGAAGGCAUUAGGAGGAUCGUCCAAUCUGUCGGAGGAUUGCAUAGAAAACUUGAUUGCUAUGAACAGCAGCGAGAUGUCUACCAGCACAGACCUUUGGACGAGUGCAGACAUCGCAGAUGAAGGUUCAGACAGCCCACGCCACAUUCUCAACAUCUACACGAGUUUCGCUUCAGCUGAUCGCAUUCAAAAGUCUCUUGACCCGAUUCUAUCUAACGUCACAGACACGAACAGCUUCGCUUCUCUGUCAUGUAACGCGUCUCUGAUGAUACUGGUAGCUUCAGGUGAAUCUGAAACCAACAAGAAGGGAAUAUGCGAAGGAUUCAGCUUUGGCAAUAUCAGCUUCUCAGACCUGUUAGUGUUGGACGGCGUUUUCAGUGUGAACAUUGGUGGAUUUGUUUACGACCAGCACGAGUUCAUGCACGAAACGGAGUACUUCUUUGACAUCAACGAGGCCAGCGUCAUCAGACGUCAGUCUGUCACGCUAUGCAAUCCAUUUGUUGGAAGUCGUCGUUGCUCUCUCCUCACUUUGUAUCCAGACGAUUUCUUCCAGUCAACGGAUGGUGGCGCCCUCAUCCACGCUGAGACUGGUGUUCCCUUCCUUGUUGGCGAGUACUGGCUGCUACCAGAUGGCACAGUGCGAGUGUGCCAGAUAGUGUGGUAUCACGUUCUGGGCUAUGUCAGUUAUGUAGGUACUUGUUGUUCAGUACUUGGUCUUAUCCUAGCCCUUGUGACGUAUGGUGUAUUCCCGAGCCUGCGCAACACGCCUGGUAAGAUCGUUAUGAAUCUCAUGGGGGCGCUCUUGAUGGCCCAGCUGUUCCUCAUGUUCACGGAUCCCAAAUCUUGGUUUUGUGUCCUGCGAGCUUUGAUGCUGCAUUUCUGUUGGCUGUCUGUCUUCUUCUGGAUGAACGUCUUGUCCUGUGACUUGGCCUACAAUCUCAAGUGCAAUGUGAGGCCCGCACGCCCGUCGAGACGGGGUGGGUCGGAGGGCUGGAAGGUCCUCAAGCUGUCGGCCUUUGCUUGGGGUUUACCGGCUGUCAUCGUGGUGUCUUGCUUCUUAGCGUCACAAUUCCGUCCGGAGUGGUUCGGGUACGGUGGCAGCAGCUGCUGGAUCGUGGGAUGGAUAACCUCUGCGGCAUUCGGUCUUUCGAUUUCUGUGGCAAUCAUAGUCAAUUUGGCGAUGUUCGUCUACAUGGUAUGCAUCGUGAUUGCCAACCAUCGAAGACUUGUCGUCGCACGAUUGGCGCAGAAAACCAAGACAACCAUCUUGCUUUGCUUCAAGCUCGCCAUUGUUACUGGAGUAACAUGGAUCUUUUUCUUCGUGGCCAACCUGGUCAGGGAGCCCGCCGUGUGGUACAUCUCGGUCCUCUUCAACUCCCUCCAGGGCGCCCUCAUCGCCCUCACCUUCCUCCUGAAGGCCAGCGUGCGCAAACUCUGGCGAGAGAAGCUGAAGCGCGUGCGCACCGGUUGCUGGGGUUUCAUCGGCCGCCAUCUUGGAUCCGGUAAAUCCGCCAACGACGUUCCCCUUCGCGCAGUAGACGCUGUGCAUGGGGGCGGGUCUACCAAACCAUGUGAUCAGAAUGCUUCAAGCAGUUGUGAUACCUUGUCGACCAUUCCAAGUGACUAGAAUGAAAGUGUGACGUUGACCUUUAUAUCUUAUAAAGAGCUUUUUGAUUAUCUGAGACAUAAACACCUCCCCUCAUUCUGAUUUUGCAUUGUAUGCAUCCAAAACCGUUCCAGGUUUCUAUUUCUUGUUAUAAUUACUGUAUCAUCAGUAAUAUCACCCUCAAUCGACAAUACUGUAUACUUUGCAUAUGAUAUGCAUAAGCUCAAUAGCUAGGUCAUGUACAGGCACACGUCCAGCAAACCGAAAAUUGUGUAAAUAAUGUGAGACUAGACCAGUCAUUGAAGGUCGGUACAACUGUAACACACUUAAAACCAAUUUUCUAACAAUAUGUGACAUUGCAUUUGGUGCAAGAUGUCAUUUGACAUUUAAUUAACACUGAUGAUGAAUCAUUUCAGGGACAUUGUAUUGAAAACCAUUGAAAUGAAAUCAGGGGCAACAACUACGAGGCAAGCACGUUGGCACUGUGCCAAGAGUGCAAUUUAGGUUACUAGGUUACCUGUAUUGGGUGUCACCACGGUAACGGGCGCGAUGACUUCAACAUGCGUUAUAAUGGACCGAACCAAGUAAGCCCCUCCCACUGCGCACGUGGGCAAAUCAACACUGCUCCUCCCCAAUGCCACAGUGCAUUUUCCUGCCGCGCGCGCAUCAUACGCGCGUGCACGCAUGUCGGAUUUUUGUGUGCACGCAUGUCGGACAUAAAUCACGGCUGUGAUUGGUCAGAAUACCAUGGGGCGGUGCUUAUGGAUCGGUCCAUUAAUCACACAGUGUACUACCAACUUUCUGUGUCUGCCAUUAGGGCUGGCGUCACCCACAUCGGGGCGGUUUGGGAGUGGUGCGGGUGUUAGACAUCGACGUGUAAUUGAGACAGACAGUGUUAAUACAACACAUGUAUACGUGUUGCCCAACAUAAUUAUAUGUACAGUCUGAAAGGUCCCUUCCUACUGUGAAAUAAGAUCUGGCUAUUAAGUGUCUUUCUCGCCACUUUGUUUCUUCUUGUUUUAAGUUUUAACGUUAUUUAUUUUUUUGGAAGGGGGGGUGUCUUGGGAAAGGGGUAAUGAAACUUAAUCCCCUGCCCCUUUCGUAACACCACUGAGUGUAACCCUACAUUGGUACAACUUCAUGAUAGUGCUUCUUGGUGAAGAUGUGUCCAGUUUGAUGUUGUAGUGAACCAAAAAUGUAGUGACUUGAACUUAUAAUCAAUAUGUGUACAUGUAUUUACAAAACCGCUCUGCACCUUUGCAUGCAACGUUAGUUUGUAACUCACUUAUUCUGUAAGUUACUUAAAUUUGUGAAAGUUUCAACUCAACUCAGUUGAAUUUACAAUUUAGUUAUAUCAAGUUCUUACAGUUUCUCGUUUAACUGUAGUACGGUUAAUUUGAAACGUGUUAGCUAAGAUCACCUUAAUUUUGUUUCCUACAUGUUAGAGUAAAUUCACAUUUUAAUGUAUCUUUGAAGAACAGAAAGCAUUAAUUAAUCGAAAAAUUUGAAUUAUGACAGCAAUUCUAUAGGAACACUUUGUUAUUUGAUGUCUUCAUUAAUUUUCUGCACUAUCAUUGAACAAAGUUACUUAACGUUUCUGUGAAUGCUUUUCAAAACAAAUCGUUAUAACGUUAAAUUGAAACGUUGUAUAGGAUAUUAUACCUGAGUGUUGCUUCGACGUCAUUAAGUACGUCGUUAUAUAAACACUUGUACAACGUCACGAAACAACGGUCCUCACCACGACGUUUAAAAACACUCUACACAAGUCCGUCACGCGGACGUUGUAAACAAUACUUGAACGUUUAUUUAACGUCUCUACAGCCUCGAGGGGAAAUUAUUUUGCGAACUGGAUAUUAUUAGUUAUCUUGCGAGCGCGAGUGGAACACGGAAUAAUG